UAGUCUAAAAGCUAUCUACCGUAUUUUACUUUCACGGUAAAGGAAAAAAGUGCACAACAUGAAAUUGGGGAAUAAGAAGGGGUAAAAUGCCCGAAUUACCAUUUUGUCGUGUAGUCAUUUUCCUUAUACGGAAACUAGGGUAUUAUCGUCAGAUUGUGGAAGUACAGUUUACCAAACCUACCCCACGCAUCAUGAAGCUGUGUCAGUUUUUCAGAGACCUCCGUAUCACGAGGCAGGGUUAAGUUUAGCCCGCAGGGCACUCGUGCCUGAAAACAAAAAGGGUAAUCAAGAAAUUUCAAACUGAUACCUGCUCGUCACGCUCCUUUACGUGGCAUCGUGUAGCCACGACUAGGGAUCGAACUGGUUUCACCGGCUGACACUGACACGUACCCUCAAUUCAUCGGAUUAGAUCUUCGUCACGUCGGAUUUCGACGUGGCCAUUAAUCCUAAUCAGCAAUACAUACCCUCGCCUUUAUAAUGCCCCGGACCACUUCCUCAGCCAAUCGUCCUCCGAAACGCAAAAAAAUCGAAAGCAACACUAAUUGCAUUUUCUGUCUCACGCUUUCUUACCCACUGUUUAUUGCAUCGGUUUUUCUUUUGUUUCUAUUUGUUCACGUUCUCGUUGCCGGAUGUUUUCGCCGGCAAAACCGAAGCAACUCGCCGGGGAACAAUAUGGAGUCACUGGCCACUGAUGAUCUUCGUGUGAAUUUCCAAGGCAAAAACGUCACGUCCUCUUGCCGUUGCGUAUCUCGGGAACUUUAAACGUAUCUGUAAAAAUAAAAAACCAUAAGCAAAAGCGACUUUACCUAGCAGAGUUUUGAAGUUAUUCCAUGCUUUGUCUGGCAAAUCAGAGGCAAAUAAUAGUAUAUAAUAAUCAAGCUUAAGCGUCUCGAGUCUUGGUAAACCGCGUUGAUUUUUGGCCCUCCCCCCCAAAAAAUAUGAAUUUCUGUGUCGAUUGCGUUUACUGAUAUCAUCACAAAGCGAGAUGUUUUCCAGUUAUGAAAGCGAAGAAUCAACAAGAAUUUGAAGAGCUGCCGUGGUAAGUGUAGAAGUGGUUUUUUUCAAUCAAAGCUGAGAGACAUGCCUUUCCCAAUGAAGAUCCAACCGAUCGAUUUCAACACGCUAGAAGAGGUUGCACCGCCUCGGUUGGAGACGAUAAAGCCGAUGAUGAAAUCGCGGUUCAAACGGCUGUUUGAGCUGCAGUUCCCUAGCGUUCUGAGGAAUUCCGCGGCGGAGAAGAUCGGUGAUGUGGCUGCCGAUGAGCUGCCUUUCAGCAAAGAAUGCACCGCUGAGUUCGAGCCGAGCUCCGUUUGCUUGGCGAAGAUGGUGCAGAACUUCAUCGAAGAAAACAACGACAAACAUCAAUCUGGUGCGGUUAGGUGUAGCCGUAACCGUUGUAACUGCUUCAAUCGUAACUGCGCCGACAGCUCCGAAGACGAAAUGGAUGGUUUAGGUUUUAGUGACUCCACUCUCACUUCUUUCGGGGAAGCAUCAGAAAUUCUAAAGAGUUUGGUUUCUUGUGCGAGCGUGAGCGAAAGAAAUUUACUGGCGGAUACAGCGAAGAUUGUCGAGAAGAACAAGAUCUGUAAGCGAAAAGAUGAUUUUUGCAGGAAGAUUGUUACUGAUGGAUUAUUGGCCCUAGGAUACGAUGCUUCUAUCUGCAAAUCUCGCUGGGAAAAAUCCUCCUCUUGUCCCGCCGGAGAAUAUGAAUACAUAGAUGUGAUAAUUGACGGGGAACGAUUGCUGAUCGACAUCGAUUUCAAAUCAGAAUUCGAAAUGGCCCGAUCAACAAAGACAUACAAAUCAAUGCUUCAAAUGCUUCCCUUCAUCUUCGUAGGCAAAACUGAUCGUCUCCAGAAGAUAAUUGCUAUCGUUUCCGAGGCGGUAAAGCAAAGCCUGAAGAAGAAGGGAAUGCAUAUUCCUCCAUGGCGGAAAGCUGGGUAUUUGAAGGCCAAAUGGCUCUCUCCUCAUAACCGAACCUUGCCUUCACCUUCACCUUCACCUUCACCUACUCCCACACCCACACCCACACCCACACCCACACCCACAAUUGGAACACUCAAAGAGUUUGAAUUCGAAACCAAAGCUAAAGAGAAAGGCCCACCUUUGUUUGAAUUGAAUCCUGAGGAGAAAAACUCAUUUGAAGAUGUUGAGUUGGGGCAGUCCAUAUUUGCUUUGUCCGAGAGCUCUGAAGAAGAAGGUAAGGAAAAGAAGGUGGAGAAAGAAGAGUGGAAGCCACCUGAGAUAAAACCCAAGAACUCAUUGAUUGGGGUUAAGAUCGUUACUGGUUUGGCUUCAGUAAUUGAAGAUGAGCCUAGAAAAUUUUGACUUUUGAGAUUUUAUUUCUCUUUAUCUUUUCCGUUUUGGGUCAUUAGAGAAUUAAAUACUAUGGUACAUGGUUUGACUGUUUAAAUCCCCUUCUGUUUUUUAUGCAAGGGUUGAUCUGAUUUUACUACUAAUAUGAAUAAGAUUGUUAUAAAAAUAGUAUAGUUAAGAUGAGAAAUUAGAAAUUUUGUUCUUUAGCUGGUUCCUUUUAAUUUCUUUUCUUUAAAUCUGCAAGGAAGCCAAGAAACUGAUUCCAAUUGUCGUUCUCUUUUUCUCACCUCAUUUUCUUCUUGUUUUUUUUUGUUUUCUUUUAAGUCGAUCAUCUGCAGUGAGGGAUCUUUGAAUUUGUGGAAUAUCAAAGCAUAGAGGAAAAAGGUAAUUCCCCAUCUCUUGUGUUUUGCCUUUUUCUCAUUUUUUUUUCAUUUUUUAUUAUGAUUUGUACUGUUUUUUUCUUAAAGAUCUAGAACUGAAUUUUAUUAUGAUGAAAGCAGGCCCGUGCAGUUUCGAAUGCUGCGAGGAGGUUAGGCCAAAGUUUUUUUUUUUUUAAUUGCUUCAGCUGAUACUCUGCUAGAUUCAUCUUAUUAUUCCAUCUAGUUUUUUGUCGAUGGCAUUAGACGGUUUGGAUUGAAUUGUUCCUGGUUUGGGUGCGGCCGGAAAACUUCUUUCCUGGUUUUCUGAUUAUAACCCACGGUUUGGGUUGAUGGAUUAAUUCCAAUUCCUAAUUACCUUUGCGUAGUUAGAACGAAUAGAGAUGCACCAGACGGUCAACUAUGGCUACGUCAGUGUUAGUUAAGAUAAGCCUUUGAAAUCUCAGAGUUACUCUAGGUGGUAAUUACAGCAUAAAUGGCAAGAGCUAUGCUUUGGAUAUGUAUUAUUUUUAGAACAAAAGAUAUUUUAAUUACUGCCAACGAAGCUUUGGCUUAGUGACAAGGGAGAGGUUUUAAAAUUUUAAGAUCUUAAUAUCUUAAAUUCAAGUUUCGAUUGAUUAUUUAGUUAAAUUAUAAUUUAUUAAUUGAUUAUAUAAAUGUAAUAUUUAAUUAUAUGAUUGUAAUUGAUGAUUUUAGUUAAUUUCUUUGAGUUCCAAACUCUCAUGUUUGGUUGAUCUGGGCUUGUGAGUGACGUUUUUGUCAAUAUAGUUGUUGGCUUUUCUAUAUAUUCUGAUUCUGAUAUAUUGCCAGAUGAAUGUGGCAUAGAGUCUGUUUCUCACCUCUCUUAUUUAAUGGGUCGCCCAAAAACAAAGAAAAUGGAAGUGACUUAGAUGUGAAAACUGAAAACAACAUCUUCUGAGAUGUAAUAUAUUAGGGAAUAUAUCCAUCACUGGGCUUGGAACGUAUUAGCCUUUGGGCUCGAGCUCUCAUGGCUUUGUGGGCAGCGGAGGAGGAGAAGAAUCGCGUAAGAAUUUAAGAAAUUGCUUGUAGUACAAGCUUGGACCUUUUCCAACUAUUUGGAUGUUUGAAAGCUUUGGAUAAAAUCCCAGAAUUUUAGGAAAUAACUUCACACCGGGGAAAGAGUGUUUUGUUGGUUCGAAAAUGUCUUUUACUUGUAAUUCGGGCAAAAUUGAAAAAGUAGGUUGGAAUGCAGCGACUCGCAGAAGCUUCCUUCCUCACAAACGUACCAAGGACUUAAAUUUUCAAUUGACAAUAUUAAAAGCUUUGAA